GCAGACGUUCGAGCACCUGACCGAGCUGUACGCCGGCAGGCUCACGCUGGAGUGGAUCGAGAACCAGACCAAGCACGUCAGCCUCGGCAACUACACGGGCCCGACGAACGUCACGGGCAUCGUCACGCACGCGGGGAGGCACGCCCUGGACUACAUCGACAGCGCCACCAUGCUGGGGCUCGUUCUCCAGCGCUACCUGCCAGACGUGCCCAGGUUCGCCAUCGCGAUCGAGGGCAUGGCAGACUGCCACCAGGACCAGCUGAGGGGCGCGGGCUGGAACCUCGUCAUAGUCGAGGACUGGGGGGAGGAGCACAUCGGCGGCAGCGGCGGCAGCGUGGCCUCCAACUUCCUCGGCCGCUGGGGCGACAGCUUCGAGAAGCUGAACGUCUGGCGAUUCCCGCUGGACCGCGUGCUCUUCCUCGACUCCGACACAUACGUGUUCAGCGACAGGGUGCGAGAAAUCUUCGACACCAAGCUGAAUCCUGGCCAGAUCGCUAUGACCAAGGACGGGUGCAAGCCGGAGCACAACAGCGGCAUGAUGCUCUUCAAGCCGGAUCUCUCUGUCUACAGCGACCUGCUCCGGAUGAUCGCCCUCGCGCCUGGCGGGAGCCGAGAGAUCCUCGACCAGACGCUCAUCAACAACCAUUACAAUGGCCAGAUCGUGACGGUAGAUACGAAGUUUAAUUGCAUCGACUACCAGGUCGAUUCCCAUUGCCCAUUGAGUUGCGGGCAGGACACCAUCAUCGCCCAUUUCACUGGCAACCCGAAGCCCACACGGGAGGGAGUUCGCCACGUGGAGCUGGUGCGGUCCCUGAACGGCAGCGAGGCUUGCAAGGGCACCAAUUUGGGUGGUUGCCAGCUCUGGCCGAGGUACUACUGCGACAUGAAGGAGAACGCGCCUUACCUCAGCAAGCUGCUCAAGAGGACCCUGAACCAGACGGGCCCGUGCCUGUGGCAGUAG